AUGCCUCUUCAGCCGUGUGUGCAGGGGGACUGCAUUGGUCAACAUGGGGAGCCAUCUCCCCUUCGACUAGUGAAUGGCUCCAAUCGUUGCUCAGGGAGAGUUGAGGUGCUGCAUGACCAGCAGUGGGGCAGCGUGUGUGGCAAUGGAUGGGACAUGAAGGAUGCAGAAGUGGUGUGCCGGCAGCUGGGCUGUGGGACAGCAAUAUCUACCCCCACCUCAGCUCACUUGAGGCACGACUGCAAGACUCUCUAG